AUGCCGCUUCAGGAAACCGAGUACUGUAUCGAGCAGAUAAGCGUCCCGCCGAAGCUACCGAUGAUCCUCAAGCAGUUUUGUAAGUCGGCGAUUCGCACGCAGCCUUACGACCUGCUCAAGUGGUCCAGCGCGUACUUUCGAGCUUUGGCCAAUGGCGAGGAACCGCCGGCUAAGCUCAGAUUCGAGUAUCCCCCGCCUGGCACUCCCUUUGGCCUUACCCUCGGUUUCCUCAAAGUCCUCCUUCGCCAGCUCGGAGCUGACUACAACAAAGUGCUUCCUUUGGAGUGCAUCCUGGAAAAGUGGGAUUACCUGUGCCUCGAUUGUAAAGACGCCGACCUGAUCAUUCGGAUCGGUAAGUUUCGCACCAAGUGCCAGAUCAAAAAGUUCCUCUCUAUCGCCGUGGGCCUUAUCACCAGGAACCUCACCAAGACGAUGAUCAUGGUGUGCGAGCUCUUUACCUUCGAGCCGGACGGGGGCUCGGCCAUGAUUCCGCUCAACUUGUUUUUGGAAAUCUACGGUUAUUUGGCUGGGCUGAGGUGCGACGGCGCGGAAAAAAGCAGCACCGAAAACCUGUGCCUCUGCUCGGAUGGCACGCGCUCGUCCGACGUAGGGCCCUGCGACUGCUGCUCCGAGCCCGGGCUGGGUACUUCCGAGGAGGUGGCUGCCGGACCGGUUUCCGAGGCUAGUCAAGAAACCGUGGCCGACAUCGAACUCGACCUCGACGACUCCGUUGUCAAGGAAGACGUUCCGUCCACGACGAGUUAGUCAUACUUGUUCAUUUAUUCUCAUUUUGGCGAGGAAACAGAAGAUAGUUAUCGUCACGAGGGCGAAGCCAGUUAUGUAUCAAACGAGCAUACGGAAUCCUCGAGAACGUUGGAGUUUGUGGAUGAAAAGGACGUUGAAGUUGAACAUCGCGUGGAUGAGGGUCAAGCGAUAGAAGCACAAUCCGUAGAUUUUGGCUCGGUGGCGGAUGAGACGAAAAAGCCGAUCGAGGAGACUCGUUCCGAAAGUACUGGACUGACCGACAAGAGCGAACCGCACUCGCACUAUCCCAACGUGCCGGGAAUAGGACGUCGUUUGUUGGCCGAUGAAAUAGGUACCGUGGCUAUUUGGAUGAACGAUUGGGCGAGGAGGCAGCACGGAUUAGUCGGACCGAGAAACAUAAGGCACGUGAAUUGCCCACCGCUCGAAGGCUGCUGCUGUCCAAGGGCAGUCUGCUGAACAUGUUCCUAAGGUUUUCAAUCAAACUCACGUCAUUUUCUAAGAAAAAUUUAAUCAACAAUUUUACACUCAACAA